UUUGAAAACGGCGGAGGUCCUUGGCGGAGUUGUGGCGGCCGCGGCGAUGGCAGCGUUUGCCGUGGAUCCCCAGGCGCCCACGCUGGGAUCUGAACCAAUGAUGCUGGGUUCACCAACCUCUCCAAAGCCAGGCGUUAAUGCCCAGUUCUUACCUGGAUUUUUAAUGGGGGAUUUACCAGCGCCAGUGACUCCGCAACCUCGAUCAGUUAGUGGCCCUUCAGUAGGAGUAAUGGAAAUGAGAUCACCCUUACUUGCAGGGGGCUCUCCACCCCAGCCAGUUGUACCUGCUCAUAAAGAUAAAAGCGGAGCUCCGCCUGUUAGAAGUAUAUAUGAUGACAUUUCCAGCCCAGGACUCGGAUCGACACCUUUGACGUCCAGAAGACAGGCAAACAUUUCAGCGAUGCAGAGUCCUCUUGCUGGAGUGACAACUCCUGUGGCUGGGCAAAGCAUGUUUAGUCCAGCAAAUAUUGGUCAACCACGAAAGACAACACUAUCUCCUGCUCAACUGGACCCUUUUUAUACUCAGGGAGACUCUCUGACUUCAGAAGAUCACCUGGAUGACACCUGGGUGACUGUGUUUGGGUUUCCACAAGCAUCUGCUUCUUAUAUAUUGCUACAGUUUGCACAGUAUGGGAAUAUCUUAAAGCAUGUGAUGUCGAACACAGGCAACUGGAUGCAUAUUCGUUACCAAUCUAAACUGCAGGCACGCAAAGCCUUGAGCAAAGACGGGAGAAUAUUUGGAGAAUCCAUCAUGAUUGGUGUCAAACCAUGUAUAGAUAAAAGUGUCAUGGAAAACAGUGACAGAGGAGCCUUGUCAUCUUCAUCUGUAGCCUUUACGACACCAAUCAAGACCUUAGGCACUCCAUCGCAGACCGGAAGCACUCCUAGGAUUUCUACCAUGAGGCCUCUUGCCACAGCAUACAAGGCCUCCACUAGUGACUACCAGGUUAUUUCUGACAGACAAACACCAAAGAAAGACGAAAGUCUUGUGUCCAGAGCAAUGGAGUACAUGUUCGGCUGGUAGCGCCGUGAGAGCUGGACUGAGCCGUUAGCGGAGCACCGCCGGGUCCCUGGUUAGUUGUAUAACCAUUCCUGGCAGUGUGGGCAGCUGUCUCAGAUACGGCUUUUACAACCCUUUGUUUAAGGAAACAGCCCGCUGGUAGCCUGCACUUUACAGGACGGCCGAGAAACACCUGAAGAAAGGUUGCCCACAUGGCCUUGUGUGCCUGCUGUGACGCAGUGCACGCUCAAGGCCGAGGACUCCGUUUGACUGCAGUCACUUAGGCCAGUCUGCUUAGCUUUCAUGAGAGGAUGGAUGAAAUUCAUGCAGAGUGACAGCUGCUUCAUCACGACACACUGAUUACAGUUAGCAAUUUGAAUUAUGGUCUUUAAUUUGGGUAGUAUUUAAUAUCUCGAUUAUCUUUGUAUGUGUCUUGUGGAUUGUUGUCUUUUAUGUUCUUCUUAAAAACCAUCUACUACUAGUGUCUCAAUAAACUUUGUCAAUUUUUAUGUGUUGAA